AUGUCAGAUUCCAACACAACCGAUUUCACCAACCUUUCCACCUUCAUCCUGCAGGGCAUUCCUGGCCUGGAGGCAGCCCAUGUCUGGAUCUCCAUCCCCUUCUGCACCAUGUACAUCAUAGCCAUCUUGGGGAACUUUUCCAUCCUGUUCACUGUGAAGCUGGAGCUGAGCCUCCAUGAGCCCAUGUAUUAUUUCCUCUGCAUGCUGGCCAUCACUGACCUGGGCGUGUAUACAUCCACCCUGCCCAAAAUGCUGGCAAUUUUCUGGUUUAAUUCCAGGGAGAUAGAUUUCAGUGCCUGCCUCACCCAGAUGUACUUCAUUCACUGCUUCUUAGCGAUGGAGUCUGGGAUCCUCGUGGCCAUGGCUUUAGAUCGCUAUGUGGCCAUCUGCCAUCCCCUGAGACAUUCCACCAUCCUGACAAACCCCCUGGUGGCCAAGAUUGGACUGGCUGUGGUGCUGCGUGGUUGCAUAGUUGUAUUGCCCUAUCUCUUACUGGCAAGGCAGUGGCCUUAUUGCAGAACCAAUGUAAUCCCACAGCCGUACUGCCUACACAUAGCUGUGGUGAACCUGGCCUGUGCUGACAUCCGUGUCAGUAGUUACUAUGGCCUCUUUGUGCAAUUCUGGGUGAUUGGUCUGGAUGUGAUUUUUAUCGGGGUGUCCUACACCCAGAUCCUCAGGGCCAUCUUCAGCCUUCCCACAAAAGACGCGCGGCUCAAGACUUGGGGGACCUGCGGCUCCCACCUUUUUGUCAUUUUCGCCUUUUACAUGCCAGGUGUCAUCAUCCCCCUCAUGAACAGAUUUGCCCAAAAUGUGCCCCUGUCUUUCCACGUUCUCAUUGCCAAUGUGUACCUCUUGAUGCCCCCCAUGUUAAACCCCAUCAUCUACGGGGUGAGGACCAAACAGAUCCGGGACAGGCUGCUCAAGCUCUUUACUCAUAAAGGGGCCUAA